AUGGCAACCAAAACAGUGCGACGUCUGUUACGAGGUCCGUCCUACAGUAGAGCCGAAGGUCACCUGCGACCCUGUAACCAUGCAGAAGCACCCCUGAACCGUGGCUGCGCCUCAGUCCAACACACCGCUGGCCAGGAGUCCCCAAAGAGCUCCGCCUUCCAACCGGCACCAGACUCCACACAUGACUGGAUUGGUCCGCCCAACAGGCUGUCAAACAUCCGGCCAAUCACGUACCACGUCCCCGCCCAGGAGUCGGCCCUGGAGGAGAGGCUGCGAAGGCUGAGGCAGCAGACGGAGGUCUGGAACCACGAGUUCUGGGCCCACCAGAACGUGGCCUUCAACAAGGAGAAGGAUGAGUACGUCAGCUCCCAGCUGAAGGCCCUGGGCCUGGAAGGCCGGGAUCAGCAGGGACGCAAGCACACGCUGGGCAGUGAAGAGAUGGCAGUGUUUUACAAAAGCUUCCUGGACACAAACAGGACCAGACAUGCAAAUUACAACAAGGAAUGGUACCGACGGAAUUUCCGCAUCACCUUGCUAAUGGGCCGCGUGGCGCUGACCAACGCCUGGAAGACCGUCACCAACAGAACCCCCAGUAGUUCGCCCUCAUGAUGAAACAAUUAAAGCGUUCUGCCUCGCA